UUUGGUGUCGACUUUUCACACCGAAUCUAUAUUUUCGAAGGAUGUCAUUUAAAUUUAAUACAUGCUUCUAAAUUCUAAUGUACUUGUGCUUCAUUUUUCCAACUCCGUCUUCAGUCCCAAAUCCCAAUACGCGUUUUCUCGGCCUCAAUAGUCUCUCUCUCUUUUAAGUAUUAACCCAUUUCUCUAUUGCCACCUUUUGUCCCCAAAUUCAUUUCAUCCUCUCUAAAUUACUUUCCAUGGCGGUUUCACCUUACGCCGCCGCAGCCCUCUUCCUCCUAGCCGCCAUCGCCGCCGUAGAGUCCAUCGGUGUGAACUACGGCACCAUGGGGGACAACCUCCCACCCCCAGCUCAGGUAGCCCAGUUCCUGAAAGACAAAACCACCAUCGACCGAAUAAAGAUCUUCGAUGCAAACCCCGACAUCCUCCGCGCCUUCUCCGGCACCGGAAUACUCGUCGCCGUCACCGUCCCGAACGGCGAAAUCCCCUCCCUCACCGACCCCGGCAACGCCCGCCGCUGGGUCGCCGCCAACAUCCAGCCCUUCCACCCCCAAACCAAAAUCAACUACAUCCUCGUCGGCAACGAAAUCCUCCACUGGGGCCCACAGAACCUCGUCGACAACCUCGUCUCCGCCAUGAGGUCACUCCACACCGCCCUCUCCCUCUCCGGCAUCACCGACAUCAUAGUAACCACCGCCCAUUCAUUAGGCAUCCUCGAAUCGUCGGAGCCGCCGAGCCUGGCCAAGUUCCGGCCAGGCUGGGACAAGGGGGUGCUCGCCCCGGUGCUGCAGUUCCACCGGGAGACGAAAUCCCCAUUCAUGGUGAACCCGUACCCGUAUUUCGGGUACAGCCCGGAGCACGCGAACUUCUCGGUAUUCGGAUCCAACAAAGGAUUGUUUGACAGAUACACAAAAAGAACUUACGGAAACAUGUUCGACAUGCUGAUGGACGCUGUCUACAUCUCCAUGAAAAAAUUAGGGUACGGCGAUGUAGAAAUCGCCAUUGGUGAAACUGGGUGGUCGUCUCUCGGGGAGAGCUUCGAGCGGCCGAGAUGCUCCGUCGAGAAUGCGGCGGCGUACAAUGGUGGUCUUGUUAGGAAGUACAAUUCGGGUCGGGGCACACCGUUGAUGCCUAGAAAGAGAUUGGAGACUUACAUAUUCGGGCUGUUCAAUGAGAAUCUUAAAUCGGGCCCUUUGUCCGAAAAGAAUUUCGGGCUUUUUCGGCCCGAUUUCACCCCUGCUUAUGACGCUGGUAUUAUGCGCGUGGGAUCUACUGCUGCUCCUGUACAGCCUAUUAAAAGACCAACACCAGCACAAGACGGGAAAAAGUGGUGUGUGCCAAAAGCAGAGGCAUCUGAUAGUGAAUUACAGAAAAAUAUAGACUAUGUUUGCAGCCAAGGAGUGGACUGUGGGCCCAUCCAGCCUGGCGGUGCUUGCUUCGAUCCAAACACCGUUAGGUCUCACGCUUCAUUUGUAAUGAAUGCUUUUUAUCAGCGCGAGGGCCGUCACGACUUCAAUUGCAACUUCUCUGGUUCCGGCUUAAUCACCUCUACCGAUCCCAGUACCGGUAAUUGCAAAUACCUUGCUUGAUUCCCUAAAAACGAAAUAAGAGGAAGAUGACUUUUUUUUUCUUUUCUUUUAGAGAUGUAUUUAUGUAUUAGUUUUAGGAUAUGCCCUUGUUGAUCUUUUAAUCUAUGCCCAACCGAAAAAAGUAACAUAAUUUUCAGUUGUAACAUUAAUCUUGAUGUAGGAAUUUAUGCAUUGAAGAUAUACAGUAUUUAGAGUUCAUUGUUCCUU